CCGCAGACCGGAGAGGAGCGGACUAACAGGGGAGGUAGGAGCGCGGCAUUGAAACAAGAGUUGCACUGGAACCGAAUUCUCUCCGUCCCUGGAGACAAUAAAAAAAAAGUUAAAAAAAAAAAAAAAAAAAACUUGCAUAGGGAGCACCUGCAACCACAUUCUGCAGUAAUCGAGUGGCUCGAAUUAUACAGUAUGUCCGGCAGCACCAUAGCCAGGGUGCUUGUUGCGCUCUGUAUCGGGAGCGCAGUGAACUGCAUGCCCAAAGGGACGCACAGGAAUCGGAGACAGGCGCAGCAGCAUCAAGUCUCCUCAGUGUCUCAGGAUGGUUGUAUAGAGAAUGGCAACUUCUAUGGCAUUAAUGACCAGUGGGAACGGCCAUAUUUGGGCAGCACUCUUGUCUGUACCUGCCAUGGAGUGGCUGGCAUCAAGUGUAAAAGCAAACCUGAAGAGGAAAGGUGCUAUGAUAAAAUCAACCAGCAGUACUACACUGUGGGAGAAACCUACGAGAGACCCAAGGAUGGCAUGAUCUGGGACUGUACCUGCAUCGGAUCUGGGAGGGGCAAGAUCAGCUGCACCAUUGCCAAUCGCUGUCAUGAGGGCGGGGCUUCAUAUAAGAUCGGUGACACCUGGAGGAGACCCCAUGAAACAGGAGGCUACAUGUUGGAGUGUGUCUGUCUGGGUAAUGGCAAGGGAGAGUGGACUUGCAAACCUGUCGCUGAGCGUUGCUACGACAACUCGGCGGGAACAUCCUAUGUUGUUGGGGAGACGUGGGAGAAGCCGUACCAGGGGUGGAUGGUGGUGGACUGCACCUGUCUGGGAGAGGGAAGUGGACGCAUCACAUGUACCUCCAGAAAUCGCUGUAAUGACCAGGAUACACUGUCCUCCUACCGUAUCGGAGAUACCUGGACCAAGACAGAUGCCCGUGGCCACCUGCUCCAGUGUCUGUGCACAGGAAAUGGCCGAGGGGAGUGGAAGUGUGAGCGACAUGCCUCACUUCACACCACUGGCCUAGGCACUGGCUCUCGUGUGAUCACUAACAUCCAGCCUGCGGUCUACCAGCCGGCCACUGUGCCUGAGACUCCACAGGAGGGGCCCUGUCGGACAGAUACAGGACUGACGUACUUCGUCGGCCAGCGCUGGAUUAAGAACCAGGGAACCAAGCAGAUGAUCUGUACCUGUCUUGGUAAUGGAAUCAGCUGUGAACAGUGGGAUGGACCGGCUCCAGUAUACGGUGGCAACUCUGGAGGUCUGCCCUGCGUGUUCCCUUUUGUCUACAAGGGAAAGACCUACCACUCCUGUACCUCUGAUGGACGCAAUGACGGACAGCUAUGGUGUUCCACCUCCUCUGACUUUGAGACAGACCAGAAAUAUUCCUUCUGCACAGAGAUGAAUGCGAUUGUGGUAACAAGAGGUGGUAAUUCUAAUGGUGCUCUGUGCCAGUUCCCCUACCUCUACAAUGGCCGAAACUACACCGACUGCACUGCAGAUGGGCGUAGAGAUGGCAUGAAAUGGUGUGGCACCACAACAGACUAUGAUGCAGAACAACAUUUUGGGUUCUGUCCCAUGGCUGCCCAUGAAGAGGUGUGUACGACAAAUGAAGGGGUGAUGUACCGCGUGGGAGACCAGUGGGACAAACGGCACGAUGUUCUAGGUCACAUGAUGCGGUGUACCUGUGUUGGCAAUGGCCGAGGAGAAUGGAGCUGCGUUGCUUACUCCCAGCUCAAAGACCAGUGUAUUGUUGAUGGUCUGACCUACGAGGUGAACCAGACCUUCACCAAACAACAUGAAGAGGGAUACAUGAUGAACUGCACUUGCUUUGGACAGGGGCGUGGCCGCUGGAAGUGUGACGCUAUUGACCAGUGUCAGGAGCCAGAGACGAGAGCUUUCUAUCAGAUUGGAGAGUCUUGGGAUAAAGUCAUCCAUGGAAUCAUGUACAAGUGCUAUUGCUAUGGCAAUGGCGUUGGAGAGCUUAGCUGCGAGCCUCAGCAGUCAUACCCUGGUGGUCACCGUCCUGUUCAGGUGAUCAUAACAGAAUCUGGAAACCAACCCAACUCCCACCCCAUUCAGUGGAACGCCCCAGCAUCAGCUCACAUCACCCAGUACAUCCUCAAAUGGAGAGUGAAAAACACCAACAGCCCAUGGAGGGAGGUGAUGAUCCCUGGUCAUCUUAACUCAUACACCAUCUCUGGUCUGAAGCCGGGCAUCACCUACGAGGGUCAGCUGAUUAGCAUUCUGCGGUUUGGACGCCGAGAGGUCACGCGCUUUGACUUCACCACUACUUACGGAUCAUUGGCUACAUCCCAAGGCGAGACCACCCAGCUUCCGCCUGUGGUUGACAUCUCAGAGUCGGUGACCGAAAUUACCUCCAGCAGCUUUGUUGUCUCCUGGGUUUCCGCCUCCGACACGGUUUCUGGUUUCAGAGUAGAAUAUGAGCUCAGUGAGCAGGGGCAGAGCACUGGACAACCUGUGGUGCUAGAACUUCCCCGUACAGCUACUUCAGUGAACAUUAAUGAGCUUCUGCCUGGGAGGAAGUACACUGUCAACGUCUAUGAGGUUACAGAUAGUGGAGAGGACAACCUCAUUCUUACUACUUCACAAACCACUGCACCUGAUGCUCCCACUGAGCAUGAAGUGGAGGAGGUGGAAGAAACUUCCAUUGUGAUCAGCUGGGAAAAACCACUAGCUCCUAUCACUGGCUAUCGUGUUGUUUACACACCAUCAGUGGAAGGUGAAAGCACGGAGCUGACUCUCCCUGACACAGCAACGUCUGUGACCCUGAGUGACCUUCGACCUGGGAAGCUGUACAACAUCAGUAUCUAUGCCGUGGAGGACAGCCUGGAGAGUGAGCCUAUCUUUGUACAGGUCAACACUCCUGGAGAUCCACUGCCAGAUGAAGUGGCUUCUCCUACAGACCUGCAGUUCUUUGAGGUGUCAGAUAAAAAAAUUGUUUUUACCUGGUCUGGCCCAGGCAGCGACGUCUCAGGUUACCGCGUCACCGUCGUCCCCGUUGAUGAGUCUGGUUCUCCCCAAAGGGAGAUGACUGUGCCUGUCAGUCAGAACUCGAAGAUUGAAGUGACACACUUACAGCCUGGAACACUGUACCGAUUCAACGUCUACACCAUUCACAAUGGAGAGGAAAGUUUACCACUUAUUGGGGAGCAAACUACCAAGCCUGAUGCUCCCACAGAUAUCCAUUUUACCAACGUGACUGAAGAUAGUGCUGUGAUAAUGUGGUAUGCCCCCCGUGCCAAAAUCACUGGCUACCGUCUAAUCAUGACCGUUGAGGGCUCUAAUCCCAAGCAGCUCCGCCUGCCUGCUCGCCUUUCUCAGUACACCCUCCUCAACCUGAAACCUGACACAGAGUACACCGUCACGCUACAUGCAGAGCAAGACAAUACACUGAGUGAAGGAGAGACUGCAGUCUUUACCACUAACCUGCCAAUGGGUAACGCUCCUCACUUCAGCACUGAUGUGACUGACACCUCCAUUAUAAUAUCCUGGACUCCAGUUCACCACAUUGGAUACAAGUUGACAGUACGUCCCAGUCAGGGCGGAGAAGCCCCCAGAGACGUGACCUCUGACUCAGGAAGUAUCUACAUUUCUGGUCUGACACCCGGUGUGGAGUACACUUACAGCGUCCAGCCAGUCAUAAACGGCCAUGAGCAGGGAACCCCAAUCACACGCCGUGUUGUCACACCUCUGUCUCCUCCUACUGAUCUCAACCUGGAGUCUAACCCCACAAACGGAGAGCUCACUGUGCAAUGGAAUGGAGCCAGUACACCAGACAUCACUGGCUAUAGAGUGACAUGCACUCCUACCAAAGGACAGCAAGGAAACAGUCUGGAGGAGUUUGUGGAGGCAGGGCAGAACUCAUGCACCUUGGAGAACCUCAGUCCUGGAGUGGAGUACAACAUCAGCGUUGUUACUGUUAAGGAUGAUAUGGAGAGCACCCCUAUAUCAACAAUCAUUACACCAGAAGUCCCACAGCUGACGGACCUUAGCUUCGAGGAUGUGAGCGACACCACUAUCAGUCUCCGCUGGUCACCGCUCAACACCACAGCCAUCACCGGUUACAAGAUCACGGUGGUGGCAGCCGGCGAGAGCGUGCCCAUCUUUGAAGACAUGGUGAACCCGAUGACUGGUCAUUAUACUGUGUAUGGACUGGAACCUGGUAUCGACUAUGACAUUAGUGUGAUCACUGUGACGGAGAAUGGCGAGAGUGAACCCACCACGCUCACUCAACACACCUCUGUACCAGCCCCCACUGAUUUAAGUUUUGGCCAGGUUGGCCCUGACAGUUUGGAAGUCACCUGGGUCUCUCCCCACCUCCCAAACAAUGCUGACAUCAACAGCUUCUUCAUCAGGUAUCACCCUAUUGACAAUGAAGAUGAUAAUACAGAAACCACUGCAGACGGCAGGAGUAACAACGUGGUUCUAAGGAACUUGUUGCCUAACACAGAGUAUCUGGUCAGCGUGGUGACAGUGUAUGAGCAGAGAGAGAGCUCGCCCGUUAUCGGCACCCAGAAAACCGCUCUGGAUUCACCAGUGGGUCUGCGUUUCUCUGAGAUCUUCACCAACUCCUUCACCAUACACUGGCUUGCUCCCCAGAGCAGAAUCACCGGUUACCGAAUCCGUUACCAGAUGGUCACCGGUGGGAGGGCUAAGGACGAGAGGCUGCCCCCCUCCAGGAACCACUUCACCCUGACAGGACUCACUCCAGACACAGAGUACCUGGUCAACAUUUACGCAGUGAGCGGGACCCAGGAGAGCCUGCCACUCACCGGGAAACAGAAGACGAUCUCUGAUGCUCCUACAGACCUGGAAGUGCUUGACUCCACUCCCACCAGUAUCACCGUCCGCUGGGACACCCCUCCUGUCACUGUGCGCUACUAUAGGAUCACUCAUGGAGAGACAGGAGGUCACAGUAAUCCCAAGGAGUUCACAGUGCCUGGCUCUCAGUCCACUGCCACAAUCUCUAACCUGAAGCCUGGUACCGACUACACUAUCACUGUCUAUGCUGUGACUGGUAGAGGAGACAGCCCCGCAUCCAGUACUCCAAUCUAUGUCACGCACAAAACAGGCGUCAACUCUCCCUCUGAAAUGGAGGUGACAGAAGUGAAUGACAACAGUGUGACAGUGAGGUGGAGCCCCGCCCAGGGCCCAAUCAAGGGAUACAGGGUGACUGGGGUCCCCAGAAAUGGGCAGGGGGCGUCUUUUACUGAGGUGGUGGCUCCAGACCAGACAGAGAUUACUUUCUCAGGCCUAAUGCCUACAGUAGAGUACAUUUUGAGUGUGUACGCUCUUGGACAAGAUGGAGAGAGCUCUCCAAUGGUGGUGAACGCUUUAACAACUGUAGACCGCCCCAAAGACCUGACCUUCUCAGACAUUGACUCUGAUUCACUGCGGAUUACCUGGGACAGUCCUGAGGGAAUUGUUACGUCUUACCGGGUCUUGUAUUCGAGUCCGGAGGAGGGUGAGAGAGAGUUGCGUCCUGCUCCCCGAGGUGAUGCCGAGUCCACUGUUAUCUAUGGUCUGCAACCUGGCACUGAAUACACUGUGAAGGUCAUCGCCCUGCAUGAUGACACAGCCAGCACACCACUGGUUGGGAGACAAGCUACAGCCAUCUCAUCCCCCACCAACCUCCAGUUCUCCCAGGUUGGUCCUACCUCUUUCACAAUGCACUGGGCUGUGCCGGGUCUGGAAAACCGACUUAACGGCGUUUCAGGUCUCACAGGCUACCGUGUGGUGGUAAAUCCUAAGAACAAGAGCGGACCAACCAAAGAGAUCAACCUGGCCCCAGACACAACUCAGGCCCACAUCUCUGGACUCAUGGUUGCAACUACCUAUGAGGUUCACGUGUAUGCCUUGAAGAACUCUCUGACCAGCAGGCCAGUCCAAGGAGAGGUCACCACUUUGGAGAAUAUCAGCCCACCUCGUCGUGUACGUAUCUCUGACAUUAACGACUCUUCCAUCACUCUGACCUGGCGCUCAAAGACAGAAACCAUCUCCGGCUUCCUGGUUGAGGCCACACCCACCUCCUCCUCAACAGGCUACAUACCCAUUCAUAGGACCAUUGGCCCUGACUCACGGUCAUACACUAUUACAGGUCUGGAGCCUGACACUAAUUAUAAGAUCAACAUCUAUACAUUGAAAGGGAAUGGACGCAGCCCACCUCUCACACUCACCGGCAGCACAGCUAAAUCGGUGGUCACACCGCCCACCAAUAUCCGCUUCACCUCCCUGAACCCUAACAGCAUCUCUUUCACUUGGGAGCCAUCGCGCAGCCCCAGGGUCACUGGGUAUUAUGUCACCUAUGAGGAGGCCGGGGGUCUGCCCCGAGAAGUCACCCCGAGACCCCACGCAGGCCAGAGCUAUGCCAUCAUCAGUGGUCUAAAACCAGGAACAGAAUAUGUCAUUAAGAUUGUUGCACUACAAAAUGCUUUGAGAAGCACACCUCUAGUCGGCAAAGCCAGAACACAGCCAGCUACAGAUCAUCAGCUAUUGGUCCCUGAGCUGCCUCAGCUUCCUGUUCCUCACCGACCCAGCACUGACAUCUUGGAUGUUCCAGAGUCCUUCAAUGACAAGAUCUUCGACUCCAACCAUGUGCUCUUUCCUGGUACUGGUGGCCAGAACCAACCAGGCCAGCAAGGCCAGCACAUUUACACAGAGUACCAGAGCCUAGGCCCUAAUAAUGGACUUCAUGGCCCCUACAGCGGACCCAAAGAAGGCCAGAGACCCACUCUCAGAGAACCCCUAGUCUAUAUUCCUGUACCUGGCCCUGAUGGAAACAGAGUUCCCUUGGUCAAGGUGAGCGAGGGUCCUCUGCCAGGUCUUGCAUUUAGUUUCCCUGACAAUGAGACGGAGUUGCCCCAAGAAGCACAGACAAUCACAACCAUCUCCUGGCAACCCAUUCCUCAGACUUCAGGGUAUGAGGUGUCCUGUAAUCCCAUCACACACCUGGAGGAAAAGGGCUUCCAGAUGCGUCUUCCUGGCACAUCAAACAGCGCCAAACUGAUUGGGCUGACAUCUGGAGCAUCCUAUAAUGUCAUAGUGGAGGCCAUGAGGGGCGGGGUUAAAGAGAAAGUUCUGGAGGAAGUCGUAACCGUUGGCAAUGCUGUUCCAGGUGACAUCCCCAUUACCACCAACCGGGAUGUGUGUUAUGACACAUUCACACAAACCUAUCACGAGGUGGGCUCCGAGUGGGAGCGCAUGUCUGAGACGGGCUUCAAGCUUUGGUGCCGCUGCCUUGGCUUGGGCAGUGGUCAUUUUAGAUGUGAUUCAUCCAAGUGGUGUCAUGACAAUGGCAACAACUACCGCAUCGGUGAAAAGUGGGAUCGCCACGCUGAAAAUGGUCACAUGAUGAGCUGCACCUGCAUGGGAAAUGGCAAGGGAGAAUUCAAAUGUGAACCCCAUGACUCGACAUGUUAUGACGAUGGGAAAAUGUACCAGGUGGGGAACCAGUGGCAGAAAGAAUAUCUGGGCGCCAUCUGUACCUGUACCUGCUACGGGGGACAACAGGGCUGGCGUUGCGAGAACUGCAAAAGGCCGGGGGGACAGACUGAUGUGGACGCUGACCUCCUGCAGCCUAUUAGCUCAGCUGUCUUUGACCGGUACCGAGAAAACGCUCUACGCAAACUGAACAUCCAGUGUCCGAUUGAGUGUUUGAGGCCAGAGCUGCUUGCAGAUGCUCACAGCCCCACAGAGUAGAGAAGAAGGGAAUGUGAGUAAAUAAGGAAGAAGUGAGACCCCUUACAAGAAGGAAGCCUCCUCCCGCUUUCAUGAAAAGAAGACCUUUCCAUUAGAUUUGUGCCUCAAAGGUUUUCCCCACACCAAAUAUUAGUGCCUUUAAGAAAGACUUUUCUACACCAGCGUCUGCGCCUAUUCAAAGAUCGGUCCAGCUUUUCAUGUUGGUUUUGAUCCUCUCUUCUUCAACAGAAACAAGGAUUUCUUCAUCAGAUGAAUUUUUGACACAAAUCUAUCAGAGCACAAAUCCUGCUGCUUUAUCACCUCAAACCUGCAUACCCCAAACAUACACACACACACACACACACACACGCCAGAUGCAGUGUUGUUGAGUAUUUUUACUGUUGCAUUCGGACUUUUUUAAAUUUUUGAACAUUCCAUUACAGUUCUUUUCCUUUGAACAAGACAACACAAAACACACCUCUACAAAUGUCCCUGAUAGUACUUGUAGCCACAUUUCUUGUAUCUCCCACAAUUUUGAGUCUCACUGUGACUAAUAUACUGUAUGUUCAGAAGACAUUUAGGCAAUGAUGGAAUGCAUUUUCUGUGUCCUUAUACAUUUCCAAAUCAGGAGGGAGAGUUGUUUUGCAAAAGAAUUUCAAAGCCAUACAUUUCAUAUAUUUACCUUUUUGCCCAAAACAACUUUUACAGCUCCUGUCUCAGCUUGACUGACCUAGAGAAACAUGCAGAACAACUGGUCACUAAGAUUUCUCUUUGAAUCACAAGAGUUUCAAAACUACAAACUUUCCUUAAAAAGAUAAGCACUGUUACUUUUGAGUUUGUAUUAAAAACAUUGCGUUGCUAUUAUUAUAGUAUAGGCUGUUGAAGUCAACAUGUAGAUGUGAUUCUGUGAUCUGUAAUGUGGGUUUUUGAAAAGUAGAGAAAGUAGCCUAUAGCACGUCUAAAAUCUAUAAAGCCAAAGCUGACUGACCAAAAGUUUAACUCGGAUAUCAAAAAUGAAUGGAAUAAUUCACCGUUCUUUCCAAGUGAAAUGCAUUUUAAUUACAUAAAUGUUUGUAUUUUUUUUUUUUUAAAGUUCAUUGCUUUUAUUUAUCCCUUUUUAUUUAGGCAUUUUGUUCAAUGCUAUUUUGGGGUGUACACUUUAUUUUUGAUUAUGAUUUGAUUAUGUUUUUUAUAUUGUUGGUGCCAAACUCUGAACUACUGUGGACUGAAUCUUUUUAAUAAACUAAAAAAAGUCUAA